AUGGUAACUGGGCUGCCCGUUGUGCUCUUGAUCGUGGUCGUGGCUGUCGUCCAUCCAACGCGGGCCAUCGACUUUGGCUAUCAUCCGAGCGCCGAAGAGUUUGACAGCCUGGUGCGCCAAAGCUGGGGUCGCGAUCUCCUCCAGCGUCGCGUCCAAGAUCGCCGUUUUGUGCCGCGCUACCAGCACCAGACCUCCAUUCGCUUCGAGCCGCCAGAACUGGAUUUCCAGCUGUUCGACAAGGAUCAGGAUCAGGAUCAGGAUUAUGCGCCCUCCCAGCCGUAUGUCUUUGAGUCUGUGGAGGAUAACCAACAGGGAGCCACAACUACCGAUCAAUUCCAUGUGCAGAGCGAACUGCUGGAGAUCAAGGAGCCACAUCCUACGCACAAACCCCAAACGCAGAAGCCACAAUCCGCCGGCAAUGGCACCACAUUUCCCAUAUACUUCACCCAUCCAACGACCGGCAUUGUCUACGCCAUCAGCCAAGUGGGCGCGGGAGUGGGUCAGAAUUCCAGUGUGGUGCCCACCCAAAGUCGCAACGAUAGCAACUCCAUUGCCAUCUAUGUGACCAAGGCGCAGUACGAUGCCGAUAUGGAGAGUCUGCGCAGGCAAUAUGAACAGCAAUGCCAGCCAAUUCCACCGGGUACGGUCAUAUCCACACUGAAUCCCGUGCAUCAUGGUGGCACCACCGCCAGGCCGCAGAUCAUUCGACUCAAGAAGCCCAAGAAUCCAAUGGCCAAGCCCAGUAACAAAUUACCCAAUCCAAAUUAUCGCCCACCACCGGUGAUGGUGACCAGUGGGCCCAUCGAUCACGUUUCCGAUCAGCUGCUCAAGUUGCCCCACCGUACGGGCAGCACCGCAACCACCAGCACCACAACCAGCACCACUUCAAGGCCAAAUACGCGUCGAAAGAAGCGCAAGAAGAAACCAAAGAACAAGACUAAAGUGAUCAAAAGGAGGCCGGGCUAUGGCGGCAACAAUACCAGAAGUCCGCACGGCUCCUUGCCCAUCAUCCUGGGCAAGAGACCCAGCACCACCAAAAUCCAAACCACCACCAGCAGCACCACCACAACGCGACCACCGCCGGCUUAUACGCAAGUGGAGAAGCCACAUAUGCCACUGGCCACGCUGCCCACCUCGAGUGUCUUUAGUCAGCACUUGUUGAGAGGCGGCCUGGAGUCGGCGGAGGAAAGUGAAACACUGGAGGAACAGGAACCACUUCCAGGGGCUGAGCCACUGAAUCUUAGAACGAGGCGAUGGGUGGAAGAUAUGCCUGGAGUGGAACCACUUCAGUCGAAAAGAAACUCCUCUUUAAAGGCGUUGAUCAAGAAAAGAGUUCUCAAAAGUGCUGUCAAGAGAAUUAGGAGAAGUAAAGAACCAAAAGGAGGUCCUUUGAAGAAUCAGCAGGAAACCCUUCACCUUAGAAGUCGCCGCUCUUUGGAUAGUCCUAAAAGUGCUGGAACAGAGAAGUCUAUAAAAGCAGGAAGGGCUAUAAAAGUUCCCACAAAAGAAGCUGAAAAAGAGGUCACAACUGAGGCAACAAAAGGAUCACCGAAAGGCGUUGCCAAGGAGUCCAGAACCAUAUUAUCCAGAGUAUCUCCCCAUGGAGUAGCAGCUCGACGGGUGAGCACUCCCAAAAGACGCUCGCCGAAGGGCAGUUCCAGAAGGCGAAGGACCAAGCAGCAGACACCACCAACCACGCAGAAGCAGGAGAAGAAUGCGGGUGGCGUUCUACACAUACCCACCGCCUUGCAUCUGCUCCACAGGAAUCACAGCCAGGAUGAAGCACCCAAAGUUCGAAAUAAUGCCAAUCAAAAGCAGAGAAAUACAACUAAAAUUAAAAUUAAAGAACGCAAACGCGGUAGACCCGAGCUGCCCAGCUUCGAUCUAUUCGAACUCAUGUCCGAUGGCGACUACGAGGAUGAGGGAGAGGAGGAGGAGGAGGAGGAAGACGACGAUGAAGACUACUACUUUGAGGAGGAGCACAAGGAUAAGGAUACAGAGAAGCCCAAUAAAAGCAGCAGCACAGAAACAACACAAAGUGAUCUCAAGGAGGAUAGCAGCUCCGCGGAGGAGGGCGCCGAUUUUGGAGCUAUGGUGGAGGAGGAAACGACGACCACGGCGACCAUAACGAGCAGCGAGGAGGAGGAUGCCACCUCCAGCACCAAAGACACCAUGGCCAAGAAGAAGAUUCGCAUCAAGCGGCGACCAGUGGACUCCGAUGAGGAUUACGACGAUGACGAGGACUCCGGCAUUGCUGGCUUCUUUCGCAUGAUCUUCUAUCCCGUCCAAGUGGUCAUGUCACGGCUCAUGGACGGCUUUGGCACUCCCGAUGAGGAGGAGGACAAGCAGCCAGCCAGUCCAGCCGCAUCGAAGUACCCCAGCUAUACCCUGUAUCAUAGCGCCCACAGCAAUGAAGCGUAUGCCGAGCCGGAGGAUGAGGAUGCGGAGGAUGACGAAGACUCCUCCUCCUCGCUGGGCAGCUGGUUUGGCUCCUGGUUUGGCCUGCAGCGACGCACCAAGAAGAUCGGCAGCACCACCACCACCACCAGCGUGCCAGUGCCAUUGCCCGCGCCCACCAAGGCGCCACCCGGCUGGCUGGAGUCCUGGUUCGGAUUCGGCUCCACCACGGAGGCGGAUGCGGAGGCGGAAGCGGAAGAUGACUACGACAAAUGGUUUUCCACCUGGUUCGAUUCGCGGCCAAAGCGAAAGGUACGACGUCGUUCCACCACCUCCACAUCGACCACCUCGACGACAACCACGACGCACACACCAUCGGCGGCGGCCCAAGUGCCCAUCCUGACCAUUGUGGAUCCACUGAGGAAUCCACAGAACUGGAUCGGCAUACUGGCCCACCACAUUGUCAACACCACUGGCAGUGCCAUCUCCACGAGCACCAGCAACCCGCUCCUCCAGGCACUGGCCACGCGAAUGACCACCAGGGGAACCACUAGCACCACAACCACCACAUCGCGACCAGAGGUGCCCAGGCGCAUAAGCUAUGACAAGUACCAGAUUUGGCGUCUAAAGCCGCAGGAUGAGCAGCAGGUUCGCGCACUGGAGGCGUUCAAGAAGGGCGAGGAUGGCGUCAAGUUGCACUGGCUCAAGGGUCCAAGUCUCAGAGGCCUGACGGAUGUGCUGGUGCCACCCAAAAUGCUCGUGGACUUCCAGGGCACCCUGAACUACGAGGGCAUAGCGCAUGAAGUGCUCAUUUUCGAUGUGGGCAAGGCCAUCGCCUACGAACUGACCAAAGAGGAUUACCUGCAAACCACGCGACCCUCGAAGCCACGACCCACUGUACCGCCGCCCAUGACAUGGAAUCGUUACCACAAUCACGAUGAGAUCGUCAAGUAUCUGGAGACGGUGCGAAUGCGUCAUCCGCAGCUGGUUGAGCUCAUCCACAUCGGUCGUUCCUUCGAGGGUCGACCCUUGAUUGUGGUGAAGAUCGAGUCCAAACAAUCGACGGCGGUGGCGAAUAACGAGGCUCCACACACCAUCAAGCGACCCAAGCGGAAACGGAAGUCGGGUCAGGCCAAUGCCGUGUUCGUGGAGGCUGGUGCUCAGGGAUUGGCCUGGAUUGGACCCGCGACGGCCACCUGGAUGAUUGCCGAGUUGCUGCGACUAAUGAAGACGAACAAAAGCAACGAGGACGUGGAGUUCAUCCGGAACACCACCUGGUACAUAAUGCCGGUCCUGAAUCCGGACGGAUAUGCGUACAGCCACGAGUACGAUCGGUUCUGGAAGAAGUCGCGAUCGCAGCACCAGGCUCCGCCACCCAGUGGCCUCCUGGACUCGGCGAUGACGUGGCUGCAGCAGAAACGUGGUCCGGAUAAGGUCUGCUACGGGGUGGAUCUGGACAGGAACUGGCUGUAUCAUUGGGGCAAAAGGGGCAGCUCCAAGGCGCCCUGCAACGAGUUCUACGCCGGUCCGGCGCCAUUUUCCGAACCGGAAACCAAGGCCGUCUCUGACUUCCUCGUGGAUUACAGGACGCAGAUAAAGCUGUACAUUUCGCUGCAGGCCUAUGGACAGGUGAUAUCCUAUCCGGUCAAGGUCAAUUCCACGUUCAACUCAGAAAGAUUGGACGACUUUCUGGAUGUGGCGAUGGUGGGCACCGAUGGAUUGCGCAAGAAGGGCAGUAAAUCCCGAUAUAAGGUCGAUGCAUCCAACGAUCUAAUCGAACAGCGAUCGGGCUGUGCGGACGCCUUUGCCGCCUACGAGAUUGGGAUACCCUUCAGCUACACGCUCCAGCUGGCGGACAACGGAGUGCACGGCUAUCUGCUGCCCAGCAGCGCCAUCGAGCCCACGGCUCGGGAUGCCUUCGAGAUCAUUAGCGGCAUGCUGGACUACAUUUGAGGCUAGCCAUCGGGGAUCGGAUUCCAGACGAUAUCGAAGGCA